AUGGCCAGCAGACACAGAGAUUUUAAAAUCAAAGCUUGGCCCUUUGUUUCCCACACCUCAAAUGUGGAUAGAUCGGAGACUGAUAUUAUGUGGCCUCUCAUUAGAUAUGAAAGGUAUGGAACGAGGAAAAAGUUUAGUAUUCGUCCAUUCCUAUUCAAGUAUGAAAGUGAUAGCAGUACAAAUGCACUCACUAUCAUGUUCUUGUUUUAUAGUAUCUUGUAUAAGGUUUCUAUUGAUGCUGUAACAUUAUUUCUUCUUCCAUUCCUUACUUUUCAUAGAAAGAGUAAGACUUCACAAACAACCAUGAUAUUGGCAGGUCUCUUGUACUUUUUACGUAAAACUUUUCAUGCAGCUCAAGAAACCAAGUUCAUGGCCAUUCUCCCUUUUAUGUAUUUCUCUAAUGAAUCGAAAAGAACAGAUGACAAUAACAUGUCAUUCCAGACACUAUUUCCAUUCUUUUGGAAGUACAAAACAAAAGAAACACAUUUGAAUAUAGUAUUGCCAUUCUAUUUCUUAUUUGAAAAUGGCAAGUUUAGAAUCAGACAAAUGUGGCCCUUCUUCGGAACUCAGUUAAGACCAGGAAAAUAUCAGGAAUGGUCAAUCUUAUAUCCUCUAUUCAGAGUUAGAAAAGGUGAAGGUAAUUUUACACUUCACAUGCCAUGGCCUUUUUUGAAAUAUGAAAGAUCGCCAGAAAAACAUUCACUUAGAUUCCUUCCAAUUUGUUGGAUUAGAUUUUUGAAAAAAGGAGGGUCCAGAGGAUUUGUUCUUUUCUUUUAUUGGAAACACGUAUCUUCCAAAAAUUGUAGUCCAUCUGAACCUGCCAAGUUUACCUUUGGUAUUUGGGGAUUAUUACACAUCAAAAUUUCUCUAGAUAAGGGAGAAAGCAAAGGACAUCACAUCUUUUGGAUAUUCCUACUCUUUUUCUACUUUAAAAAUUCAGAGAAGGUUUAUACUUUCAUCACACCAUUUUUCAUGCAUGCAAAAUAUGAAAAACAACUUAUGAAACGAAGGAUCUACCUCUUCCCAUUCUUCUAUUAUUCUAAAUAUCACGAUCAUGAUUGGCAUUUAUUUAUUCCUUUGCUUUUUACUUACUUCAAAAAAACUAUUUACAAUUAUUCUACAUCCAAAACCUCAAAAACCUUUUUCACCACCUUACUUUUAUUCUGGUUCCAUAAGUCAAAAUAUGAAACCGAAGGUACCACCUCAACAGAUUACAAUAAUGUCUUCCUCCCAUUUUAUUGGGUACGAAAGGAUAUUGGUAUCAGAGAUGGAAAGACAACAGAUGAUACUACUAAAAUAUUCCUCAUACCUUUACUCUUCUAUUUCUUUAAGGAGAAUAUUGAUGGCAGAGAGGAUAUUAUGGUGAAUCUAUUUUAUUUAUUCUAUUACAGAAAUCAGAAGAGUAUUGAAAAGAUGAGAGUGUGGCUCUUCCCAAUUUUCUAUUAUUCAGAUAUAGGAAAGGAGAAAACAUUCUUACUUUUUGUCCUUCUUUAUGCUAGAAGAUCAGAGGAGAAGAACUAUCUCUCCAUACUUAUCAUAUAUUCUAAAUUACACAAAAAGCAAUCUCACAAAUUGGUAACGUAUCCUUUCUUUUUGUACAUUACCUAUACAAGUUACAAGCAAACAGAUGAGGUUUUAUCACAUACUAGGUUAUUUGUUGGUGGACUCUUUGGUCAUAGAAAGAUUUAUGACGAAGUAACCAUUUGGCUCUUUGUCUGUUACUACUCAUUUGUUUCAAAGAAUGAAAGUAUCAGAAUGGGAUCCUUCUUUUUCCUUCCACCAUAUUUCUAUCAUAGUGUUGAAGAUGGAAAAGUUACCAUGAGUACUAUAUUCCCUUUCUAUGUUUACAAUAGAUAUUGGAAGUACACUUUUAUUUUCCCAUUCUUUUUCAUUAGAAACGAUAGACGCAAGAAAUCGGCCCACUUGCAUUUUAUUUUCGAUUUAUCAAUCGAUUCCCAGGACAAAAAUUAUUACUUCAAGCUUUUCUAUAUUCCAAGAACUAGAUACAGUUUGAUACAAUAUGAUAGCAAGUAUGUUGGAUCAGCUGAGGGUACUUCUAUGAUGAGGCGUUGGAGGUUGUUUGCCUUCCCCUUCUUUUAUUUUGAAAAAAGAGCUUUGGAAACUCCUGAUUUAACCAGCUCAGAAACCAAGCAAUAUGCUCCACUAAUAACUGUGGCAUUAUUCUGGCUCUUGAAAGAUUUAUCAUUGGGCAGGAUUAUUUUAGAUUAUAGAGAGAUGAUCAAGUCAAUGUACAUACUUCCUCUUUUUUAUAUCAAGAUUGAUAGAAAUAACCAAGUUGUUAAUGCCUUACGUAAUGGUCAAUAUUUGUCAUUCUCGCUAAUCUAUUUUAUCAGUGAAAAGGUUGCCUUAUUUAGAUAUACCAGAUUAAUAACUCCAAACUCUCAUAGAUCUAGCAUGUAUGUGUUCCUAUUAUUCUUCAGUACUGUCAAAAAUUGGUGGACAGGUCAUGGUGAGGUUGUAGGUAAUGAUUUUACUCUCUCAUUCCUAUGGAUUUUCAGACAAGGUUGGAGCUUUAUAUAUUGGAACCAACAAUAUUCCACUGAUGCCUACAAUUAUUUGUGCUGUUAUGUUUUGCCUCUAUUUUACUUUGAUAAGCAAACUAAGACAACAACUUUGGAGGAAGUAUUUGAAAGAAGCUUUUCUUUGCUUUGGAUAUUACACAAGACUGCAGCUCUUUUCACCAUGGAUAAGGUUGUCAACACUUCUAAAGAAAGCAACCAAAUUACUAAGAGUGAUACUAGCUCCUUCCUAUUCCCAAUUUAUUAUUAUUCAUGCAAUGAUUCAAACAAAGUUUGGAAAUGGUUAUGGUUGCCAGCUCCAAAAACAUGGGGAGUCUCUAUUAUUAACUGGAUUGUUGAGUAUGAAUACUCCACUUACAAACCAAUUGAUCAAAGAAAAAUUGGAGAGCAGAGACUUCACAUAUCACCACUUUACUAUAGAGAUAUCAAGUACGAUCUCACCCAACCAAGCAAGACUGUCCAAGAAGAUGUUCACUACGGAUUUUGGUUUUUCACAAAGAACCUGUCCUUGAUACGUGCAUGGAGUUUAACCACAACUAGUAACAGAAAGCAAGGGUUCUACAUUUUCCUCGUCAUUCUCAAGUAUACCAACGUGAGUGGAACAAGUUUGAGAAAGACUUUCUGUUUGGUUUGGAUGUUCACCAAGUGGCUUGCUCUCUUCCACAAUAACGUACUUUGUACACAACCUUCUGUUUCCAUGAGUACUAAUACAGAUGAUUACUCUAACAAGAAUCACAGACAAUUCGUAAUGAGUUUAUACUUUUACAAGCACAUGACUGGAAAUAUUGAAAGGAGAGAAUUCUCAUUGUUCUGGCUCUUUUACAAAUAUGUUACCUUUUUCUGUGUUUGGAAGUAUGAGAACGAACAAGGUUGGUUUGCCUAUCCAUUGGUUUUCUAUAGAGCAGUUAAGACGACUACUAGAGCGUUCAAAUUCCUCUCAGUUCUAUUCCUGGUAGAAAAAUAUGUUUCAGUUUUCUUUUGGAGAUGUGUUGUUGAGGGAAAUAGGAAGAAGAUUCUUACCUAUCUGUUCCCAAUAUUCUUCCUUGAAAGAGAAAGGGAAUCCGUCACACUCGAGACAAAAACUCACUUAUUCAUGUUAUGGUUAUUCUACAAGAGAAUUGCCAUGGCCCACUAUUGGAAGUUAUUUGCUAACGGUCAUACAGAUUCUGGAUUUUAUUCAUUCCCACUUGUGAGAUAUACCAAUGAUUCUUCAGGAGAAGCUGGAAAGAAGUUUGACAUUUCAAUCUUCUAUUUCUUCCACAAAAAUUUGGCUAUCAUUUAUUUUGGUAAAGAUAGAACCAGAACCUAUUGUGAUACAAUGUUCUACAUUUUCCCACUUUUCAUUCAUCAAACAAAGGAUCACAGCUCAAAUUUAACCAAAAGAAUAGAUUGGUCUAUUUUCUUCUUGUUCUAUUACAAGCUAGCACUCGUGAGAUAUUGGAAUAUUGUAACAUUCAUCUCGAAUGUGGGAAAUAAGACCAAAUCUACUCAAGAUUUGUGCUUUUAUAUUUUCAUGUUAUACUCCUUCACAAAGGAAUUUGCAUCAUCCAAGACAACUUUGACUCACUCAUUUGCUUGGUUAUUCCAUCCAUUAUUGUCCACAUUAAGAUUCAAACUCUCAAGAUGCCGUGAAGAUUUUAGCAGACUUUUCUAUAUUUUCCCACUCAUACUUUUCCAUUCUUCUAAGGAAGGAGGCACAUCAACAUUCUACUUGUCACUUCUCUGGUUAUUCCACAAGUUUGUUUCUAUGUUCCAUUUUGGAAGACAAGUUUUUGGUGAUGGACAUAUUCUUGCAGGUGGCGCGUCUGAUAAUAAGGACUCUAAAAUCACUAGUUUUAUACUCUUCCUCUAUUUCUAUGCAAGCGAUACAAGAGUUAAGGAAAAGAAGUGGAGUUUGUUCUGGCUGUUUGUUCGUCAAGUCAGUUUCAUCAGAUAUUCCAAAUCUCUUAAGGAAGGUCACAAACUUUUGAAAUUCCUCGUCUUCCCAUUCUUCAAAUUUGAAAGAUGGAGCACUAAAUCGUCUAGAUGGUGCCUACUUCCUUUCGUUCCUGUCAAAUUCUCUUGGGUUGCCAACUUUAUGGUUUACACUAAGCGUGUCAACAAGGUUGGAGCUGUUCUUGAUGAUGGCAAGGAAGACAAGUCCUCUAGAGAUCAAAAUAGAUAUCUCAGAGUUUUAUACAAGGUUGUUGUUUGGCAAUAUGUUGAUCAAGUUAAAUCUUUGGAAAUUAAUCCAUUCUUUGCCAGUGAACAUGACUAUACAGAUGGAUAUAAGAGUUGGGAUAUUCUUGGAGGGUGUUUGGGCAGAGUGAAGAACUCUCCAGAGCAUCAAGAUGCUUGCAGAUUAUUCUGUUGUUGUUUUGUUUAA